AGUUUAAUAUUACUCUCUCUUUCUCUUUUCUUGUUUCUCUUCCUGUUUGUGAUAAGAUGUCAAAUAUUAAGAUUUUUCAUUUAUUCCCUGACGGCAACGAUAUCGCAGCCAUGCAACAACAACCUCCAUCAAAUCCCGAAUCUUCUGAUUCAUCAUUAUCUCCACAUCAUCAAGAAAACCAAUCUAAACGCCAACGAAACGACCAAGAUCAAGAACAAGAGGAAGAUCAAGAAAAGCUCCAAGAUGGAACGAGAGUUAAACGAAAAUGGGAAUGUGCUGAUGGAGCUUCUCGUUUAGAGAUCCCAGAGACGCCGAGAAUUUCGAACAGCGUGUGUUAUUGUCCUCCUCGGCCGCCGAGAAAACCCAAAGCUACUCCGGUCAUGAAGCGGAGAGCCAUGUGGGUAAAGAGAUCGGUGGUUUUCUUAGAUGUUGCUAGAGAUGUCGAAUCCAUGUUUCCUCAGUCUAUUCUUCAAGACUUUGGUAAAACGAUUAAGAAAGCUAGAUCUUAAUCUAUAUUCUCCACAUAUCUAUCACAUAUUUAUAUCAUA